CGCAAAAAUAAAUUCCCAUCCAGACCAGCCGGGGCGACAGCUUCAAUAAAAAUAAAAAAAUAUACAAGAUGAAGGCCACUCUGCAGACUACUCUGGCCGCAGUGUCCAUCACUCUCUGCAGUGCGACUUCUGCCUCAUCUUCCGCCGCUGCCGCCCCGACCGGCGAUGUCUUCCCCUCGGGCUUCGACAUGACGCGCAGCUGGGCCAAUCUGAGUCCCUACAAAGACGCAGACAGCUUCAGCCUUCCUAAAGGCGUGCCCCAGGGAUGUGAAUUGUCACAGGUCCACGUGCUGCAUCGUCACGCGCAGCGCUAUCCCACCGACUACCCCCUUGACGGCGAGGGGAUGAAGGAUUUCGGCAGCAAAGUGGCCAAUUACUCCAAAGCGCAUGGCGGUGCCCAGAUUGGCCGUGGUCCGUUGAGUUUUCUCGAUCGAUGGACGUAUGCGUUGGGGGUGGAUGAGUUGAUGGAGACCGGGGCGUCGACGGAGGCCACGGCUGGUGCUAACUUUUGGAAUAAAUACGGCCGAUUGUUGUAUCGUGCUGGACCGAGUACGCCUGCCUGGGAUGAGAAGCUGAACAAGUUCACGAAUGGGACUGAACGGCCCAAGCCCGUGUUCCGGACGGCGUCGCAGGCCAGAAUUCUCGAGAGUGCGCGCUGGUGGCUCAGUGGUUUCUUUGGCAACACGGGCGCCAACAGCUCGUACGAUCAGUACGAUCUGGUGAUCAUCCCAGAGACUUAUCCUUUCAACAACACUCUGGCGUCGUAUGAGUCUUGCCCAGGCGAUAUGACCGAAGGCGACGAUGCCGCCCAGGAGUUUAUUCCCAGAUACACCAAAAAUGCUGUAUCUCGUCUGUCAAAGUAUCUUCCUCGCGGCUUCAACUUGACUUCCUCGGAUGUGCUGGCGAUGCAGAACCUUUGCGUGUACGAAUACACCAGCUUCGGCGGCUCGUUCUUCUGCUCGCUCUUCACCGAGCAGGAAUGGAAGGACUAUGCGUACAACAUCGACAUCCAGUACUACGGCGACUAUGCGUAUGGCUCUCCUACAGGCCGUGCCCAGGGUAUUGGAUACAUCGUUGAACUGGCAGCUCGACUGGAACACAAACUGCUGUUCACCAGCGACACGAGCAUCAACUACACCUACGACAACAACAUCAAGGACUUUCCCCUCCACCAGCCCUUCUACAUGGACAUGUCGCACGACGACAUCAUCCUGUCCGUCAUCACCGCCCUCGGCCUCGAUUACUUCAAAUACGGGCCCCACGGGCUCCCCUCCGACAUCGACCACGCCCCGAACCGCAACUUCACCCUGUCCGAUAUGACCCCCUUCGGCGCCCGCUUCUUCUCCGAAAUCUGGACCUGCCCGGCCAACGUCUCCUUCACCAACCUCGACCCAGUCGUGUACGAGAACCCCGACUUCUCCUGCUCCAACACGACAACCGACUACAUCCGGUUCGUGCUGAACGGGGCGCCCCUUCCGACCGAUGGAUUGGUGGGCUGUGAGCAUGCGAAGAAUGGGUUCUGCGCUGUCAAGGACUUUUUGUCUGGGGUGCCGCAGUUGGAGAAGGAUGCGCAGUACCAGCAUGCGUGCUUUGGGAAGUAUAAGACGGGUAGUCAGGUUGGGGAUGGUGCGCCUGAGUCUUGAUGAACUGUAUUGAUAGAUAGAUAAUUGCUAGACUAGAAUCUGACAUGAUCUACUUUGAAGCUAUCACACACAAUCAUACUUGACAUAUAAAUCAGAAC